AUGGCCACAUCUGGCAGGAUCAGUUUUACAGUGAGGAGCAUUUUGGAUUUACCAGAGCAGGAUGCUAAUAGCAUAAAGCAAGCCUCUGACCAUCACCACUCAGCGGAGAACUACACCGGCUCGCCGUACCGACGGUGGAUAGAAACAGACAGAAACCACUACCCCUCUUCCGACGAGAGCGGCCCGGAGAUGAGCCUGCCCGACUCCACCCAAAGGUCCCUCCCCGCCCGCGGCUCGGAGGCCGAGGAGAAGAAGAAGAAGCGGAGGGUGCUCUUCUCCAAGGCGCAGACGCUGGAGCUGGAGCGGCGGUUCCGGCAGCAGCGAUACCUUUCGGCGCCGGAGCGGGAGCAGCUGGCCCGGCUGCUCAGCCUCACCCCCACACAGGUGAAGAUCUGGUUCCAGAACCACCGCUACAAGAUGAAGCGGGCGCGAAGCGAGGGUCCCGGCAGCCCCCAGCCACGCCCGCCCGCCCUGCUGCGCCGGGUGGUGGUGCCGGUCCUGGUGCGGGACGGGGAGCCCUGCCGCGCCUGCCCUGCCAGUCCUCCGCCGCCCACCGCACGCCCCAAGCUGGGCUGCGCGCUGGCGGGAUGCAGCGCCCAGGCCGCCCUCGCCCUGCAGGGCUACCGAGCCUGCCCGCCCGCCGCCGCCCUCGGCGUCUUCCCCGCGUACCAGCACUUGGCGCACCCCGCCGUCGUCUCCUGGGGAUGGUGA